GCCUUUGUGAAAAUCGCCCAGGCUGUCUCCUCUCGCCCGGACGUGAUCCCACCAGAGUACGUGGACGAGUUGUCACUCCUGCAGGACCGCAUAGCGCCCUUCCCCACGCGCACGGCACUAGACCUCAUCGAGGCGGAGCUGGGCGUGCCAGUCGACCUGCUCUUCGACCAGAUCUCGCCCUCCCCUGUUGCUGCUGCUUCGCUGGGACAGGUGUACGAGGCGAGGCUGAGGGCGGGGGGGCAGCGGGUGGCCGUGAAGGUGCAGCGCCCGGGAGUGCGGGCAGCCAUUGCGCUGGACAUCUUCAUUCUGCGCCUCUUUGCCGGCUGGUUAAGGCAGUACCGCAAGUUAAACACAGACCUUCAAGCAGUGGUGGACGAGUGGGCUACGAGCCUCUUCAGGGAGAUGGACUACGAGCAGGAGGCACAAAACGGAAUUAAAUUCGCCGAGCUGUUUGGGCGGAUAGACAGGGUGGUGGUGCCGCGCAUGUAUCCCGAGCUCACCACUCGCCGCGUGCUCAUCAUGGAGUGGAUCGAUGGCCAGCGCCUGGCAGACAGCAAGGACGUCAGCCUUGUGGAGGUGGGAGUGUACUGCUCGCUGUCACAGCUGCUGGACUAUGGGUUCUACCACGCCGACCCGCAUCCCGGCAACUUCCUCCUCACGCGCGACCAACGCCUCGCGUACCUGGACUUUGGCAUGAUGGGGCGCAUGGAUCGGGAUGUAAGAGAGGCGUUCAUCCGAGCAGCGGUGCAUCUGGUCAACCGCGAGUUUGACUUGCUCGCAGGGGACUUCGUCACUCUCGGCCUACUCCCACCGGGGCAGGAGAUGAGCGAGGUGUCGUUCGCCCUCACGGCCAUAUUCAAGGAUGCGGUCAGCUCCGGCGUGCGGAACAUCAGCUUCGGCAGCCUCGCCACUCAGCUCGGCCAAACCAUGUACAACUUCAAGUUCCGCCUGCCUGCUUAUUUCUCCCUCGUCGUUAGAAGUCUAUCAGUGCUGGAAGGGAUAGCCUUGAAACGAGAUCCUAACUACAAGGUGAUCGCCAGCUCGUACCCCUGGAUUGCCAAGAAGGUCCUCACAGACCCCUCGCCCCAGCUGCGCUCCACCGUCACCAACUUGCUAUUUAAGGACGGGCAGUUCAGAGUGUCCCGGCUGGAGAGUCUGCUUAAAGAGUCGUCCAAGCCCAUGUACGGCCCAGAUUCAGCCGCCAAGAGCCAAUCAACGGACGACACGUCCAAGGAGGGUCGCACGAAAACACUCAAGAGGAUCCUCAAGUUUGGGUUGAGUGAAGAGGGCCGGUUCAUUCGAGAGCUCCUAUUGGAUGAAGUGGCCAAGGGUCUAGACGCACUCAACAGGGUCACUCUCGACGAUUCCUCCGCCGCCCUUCUCUCGCGCCUGCCGCCCGCGCUCCGGCCGGCAUUUCCCGGCGCGUUACAGCUGGCGACAGAAGAGGACAAGGAGCACCUGGAGAAUCUCCGAAGACUGGCCACCAUUGUAGCCGACCUUGACCCUUCGGGCGGUCAGGGCGGCGGGGGCAGCGAGCCCACUGCAAUUCGCUGUUGCCAGCUCUCCCUCUCGACAUCCACCCACGGCUCUUGUCACCACUCUCGCUGCACAUUCCUCAUGCCACCCCUGCAUUCAGCCUACCAUGUGGCAUGGCAUCCCAGUCCCUCGUUCCCCCAUCCUUUCUUCUUGACUCUGAGUCACGUCACUUCUUCUCACAACCCUUUGCCUCUGCCCCUCUCCUGUGUCUGUCUCUCCCCUCCCCGCCCUGUCUCUACUCCUGCUUUGCUGUUUGGGCGGUGCCGUGGCAUACAGUUGCCGCUGCCAGCGCAGCAGACGGCACUGCUGCUGCCAGUGGAGCUGGCAGGGAGGGUGGCAUCGCGCACUGUAGCUCGCACCAUCCGCAGCAACGUGCGCGCCCCGACAAGACCUGCUUGA